AUGACAGGCGUCUACAACAGGGUUGCGACAUCCAAAACCAUCGCUGUAGAGCAGCUCGCGCAACUGUUCCUGAUCAUGUCUCGCGACUAUGACCUGGCGCCAUACAUUCAAGCCAUUGAUGUGCAAUUACAACCUGGCAGCAUUAAUUUCCAAGCCGACAUGCGGCACAUCACCAACAUCGCGACGAUCUUACAAGCACCGGAUCACCUGCUCAUUGUACAGACCACGGAAGAUACGUCGGAAGCCGCGCAUCAAUCCACCACGAUUUGCGUGUACACAGGCGCGCUUGGAGGACUCCAAAUUGACAACUUGGAUCCUCCUCGGGUUCGGUUCCUUAGACCUGGAGAGAAGUACUCGAUUUUUGGACUUUGCCCUGUACACCGUGUCUUCCAGAAGGCAACGAAUGAUCCAGAAGAUACGUUAGAGGUACUUGCGGAGCAGGAUGGCGUGAAGAUGACUGCUGGAGCCUUGAGUCUUACUUUGGGCGAUUCGCUGCGCCAUUUAGAGGUCGAUGGACGCUCGAUGGCUUUCGAAGGCAAAAUCACCGCACUUGAGAUAUGGAAGGUGGGAUAUGAAGAAUGA